AUGAGAGUAUCAUCUUUCUUGGUUGCUGCAUUGCCAGUUUUUACAACUUUGGUAGAAUCCAAGGCCCUUUAUCUUUACGAAACAGUUUAUGUCACUGUUGCUUUCAAAGAUGGUCAGGAAUAUACUGUAUACGAUGAUUUCAAUAAAGAAAGUGUCCCCACAGCAAUUGAAACUGAGGCUAAUUUCGAAACACCGAUCGUUGUUCCAGAAACUCAAGAAGAGCAACAUGAGCCUUUGGAGCCAACUAUUCCAAAUCAAGAUCCGGAUCCUAUUCCAGAACUUGUUCCAGAACCUGUCGAAGAACCGAUUUCUGUUCCAGAAUACAUUGAAGAGCCAGAACCUCAGUAUGAACCAGAACAUGAAGCUGUUCCAGUUGAAGAGCCAGUUCCUGCACCUAUUCAAGUUGAGGAGUCUGUUCCAGCUCCUGCUCCAAAACCACAAAAGGAAGAAGAAGCCAUUGUUAUCGCAAAACAGGUCGUAAUAACUACUAGUAUUCCUGCAGAAACCAAAGCUCCAGUACCUGAGCCUCAACCUGAGCCUCAACAACAACAUGAUGAACCACAACCAGAGUCACAACAUGAUGAACCAGAACCGGAACAUAAUGAACCAGAACCACAAAAGACAAAGGAAGUACCACACGAGGUUGGUUCUUCUUUGCCAGCUAUUGCUGAAGAAUGUUUAACCGCUCAUAACUCCAAACGUUCUAGACACGGAGUAGGGCCUUUGAAAUGGAGCUCAAAGUUGGAAUCUUUUACAAAUUCCGUGGCAUCAUCAUAUGACUGCUCUGGAAGUUUACAACAUACUCGUGGUCCAUAUGGAGAGAAUUUGGCACUUGGGUACAAAUCUACUACAGAUGCUGUUAAUGCAUGGUAUGAUGAAGGGUCUCAAGGGGAAUUUAAUCAUUUCACACAAGUUGUUUGGAAAAGUACUACAGAAUUGGCAUGUUCUGCCAAAGACUGCAGAGCUAAUGGUUUUGGAUUAUAUGUCAUUUGUGUCUAUUCAAGUCCCGGAAAUGUGGCCGGUCAAUGGAAAGAAAACGUUCUUCCAUUAAAUGGAUGA